UUAAUAAAAUAUUUUUUUUUCAUCGUGUUUCAAAUUAUGUUACAAAUAGUCUUCAAAAGAUACCGUCGUAAAGAUGAAUGCGUGUUGCUCUUGGCAACAGAUUUUAUUAGAACCAAUCAGAACUGAUAUGCGCAAGAAGAACGAAAACUCGUCAUUUGAGAGGUUACACUGGUUAGUGAAAUGUGUUAUUGUUAAUAACCUAAAAAAUGUUUGAACAAGUUGAUUAUAACAAGAAUUUAAUGUAAUUAUAAGAAUAGAUUAGUUUCAAUUCAUUUUAAUUUCCAAAUAUACAUAAGAUAUGUUUAUUUUACUUAAAUACAUGUUUAGUAUUUCUUAAAAAUGGAUAUUAGACAAAGUACGGGAUUUUAUGAUCUGUGUGUAAAUGUACAAGGAAAUGAUAUCAAAAAUUUAUGUUGUAUAUUGUCAAAAUUAUAUGAAUAUGGAUACAGAACGGUAGCACUAAAUACUGAUAUAGAUGAAAGUGUUCUUGCAACGGAUAAGAAAAAAAAGAAGAAAAAUGAUGAAGAAGCAUCCCAAAACAUUAUUCCUGAAACACUUGACAUAGAAAGCAUAAGAAAAGAAUUUGAUAAAAAGUUGAAAAUUUUUAGUCGUAUUACAUUUUUUUGUUCAGAUUCUGCAAAAACACAUAUACUGAAUCAUUGCACAGCUUUAAAGAAAUAUGACUUAUAUGCCUUUGCUCCAAAAACACAAACUGCAUUACAAUAUGCAUGCACUCAGUUAAAUACAGAUAUAAUUACAUUAAGAUCAUCUUCUAUAACUUUUAAAUUAAAUAAAAAGUUGUAUGAACAAGCUAUUGAAAGAGGAAUACAUUUUGAAAUUCAAUAUGCAGAUUUGUUAAAUGUGCAAUCCAGGAAGCUUACUAUUCAUUAUUCUCAUCUUUUUCAUACAUAUGGAAAGAGUAAGCAUGUAAUAUUAUCCAGUGGUGCAAGUAAUGUUAAAACAAUCAGAAAUCCAUAUGAUCUAAUAAAUUUAUCAUGUUUACUUGGUUUGAAUGAGGUCAAAGCUAAAGCUUCCAUAUUAUAUCAGUGCAAAAAGCUUCUUUUAAGAGCAGGUAUAUAUAUAAAUUUCCAUGUAAAUAAAUCAGUAAGCAAUUAUAAAUUUUUUCUUUUUUUGCUUUUCAUAGAAAGAAGACGUAGAGGAAAGGCUGUUUUUGUUAUUGAAGAACAGACAAAAACAACUAAUGACACUGAUAAAGAUAGUACAGUGUUUCCAAAACGAUUAAAAUUAUAAUAUUUCAAAAGUAUCUAUUUUUCAUCAUUUUUUAUAUUGUAUCACUUGUAUUACACAUUUAAGCUUUUAUAAAGAUUGUAUGUUCGUGAUAAAUUAAUAGUUUUAACAAUUAUUUUCAUAUUAAAAAUACAUUAGAAAGGAAUAAAUAUUUGUUAAACAU